AUGAUAAUAUCUACUUUUUACUCAUGCACAUAUAUCCAAGUAAUACAUAAGUUUUACAAUUUCAGCGCAGAGGCAGCUAAGCUUAAGGCACAGGGUCACACAAUUAUUAUUGCUUUAGGACACUCUGGCUAUAAAAAGGAUCAGGAUAUAGCUAAAAACUGUCCCGAAGUCGAUAUCGUYAUUGGCGGACAUUCGAACACAUUCUUGUUUAAUGGAACAAAACCAAAUGUGGAAAGUAUCGACGGUCCAUAUCCGACUAUAAUAACACAGAAGAGCGGAAAACGGGUUCCUGUCGUACAGGCCUACGCCUAUACAAAGUAUUUGGGGAAAUUACAUGUAAAGUUCGAUAGAGAUGGAAAUCUAAUUGAAUUCGAUGGUUCGCCGAUAUUACUUGAUGCUCGAGUAGCGCAGGAGAAGGAGGUACUAGAUCUGUUAGAGAUGUACAGAGAGAAUAUUACUGCCCUGAAGAAGUCUGUGAUCGGCCAUACGAAAGUGUAUUUGGAGGGGCGUAUGAAAUAUUGUCGAUGUGUAGAGUGUAAUAUGGGAAAUCUAAUUACGGAUGUAAUGAUAUUCAGUCGUGUGCUAGAAGAUCAAGGAGGKGAUUACUGGACAGAUGCAGCUAUUGCUUUAUAUCAAAGCGGGGGUAUACGUAGUUCAAUCGAACGAAAAUCCGAUGGCAUUAUUACACAGAAUGAUCUGCUUACCGUACUGCCCUUUGAAAACGAUCUUUAUAUCACACGAAUUACUGGCAAAGCCUUGAGGAUCGCUUUGGAACGUUCCGCUGCAUAUAGGUUCAGCGAUUCAGAUGGAGCAUUUCUUCAAGUAUCCGGCAUUCAUGUGGUCUACAAUCCAGAUAUGCCAGAGGGUAAUCGAGUUGUAUCUGUGAAAGUGCGCUGCGCCGACUGCUUAGUGCCAUCGUACAGCUAUCUGAACGACAGCGCCUACUAUAAAGUGAUUGUGCCAAAGUUUCUGGUCGAUGGUGGCGACGGAUACAUUAUGAUUGAUCGAGCUAAUCCUGUGUCUAUACGUAUGCAAAAAACYGUUCGUGAAGCAGUUCGUCAAUAUYUGCAUGAACAUAAAUACAUUUAUCCCGAUGUCGAAGGUCGCAUCCAAUUCAUAGGCUCCGGCAAAAGUAAAUCGUCGGGAUCUGAGUCUAUAAAAAACACUUUGAGUUCCUUAGCAUUGAUGCUAUUUACACUUGUAUGGUAA